CGCACUGACUUGUUUUUACUGGUGAAGGUUUGAGCUUAUUCAAACCUGGUUUGAGCAUGUCAGAAUGGAUAAUAGAGCUCGAUGAUUUCAGAAAAAUUAGAGAAAAGUUGAAUGUUUGGUGGUGUUUGAAUGAAGGCUCGGGAGAGAAGCGGAGGAACAGAAGAGGAUUCCAUCACCGCAUGAGCGCUGGAGACGUGAAUCACUUCGCUGGAUAGUAGAGAGGCGCGCUGAAGCUCACAGGCCAAUCCAUCAUAAACUCAUGGACAUAAGCAGUUCCUCCUUCAACAUGAACAACUACAACAGCACAAUAAUGUCUGAGAAUACCACCAACGGCAAUUAUUCAGUAAAAACACCCCCACCAGUUUUCUACAUUGAGGUCACUACAGUGAUCUACACUACUGUUUUCAUUGUGGGUUUCUUUGGUAACGCAUUAGUUAUCUAUAUAGUGGCCCGCUACACCAAAAUGAAGACAGUAACCAACAUGUACAUCCUGAAUUUAGCUAUGGCAGAUGAACUCUACAUCAUGGGAAUCCCCUUCAUAGGGACCCAAAGUGUGCUCUUCUACUGGCCAUUUGGUGAAUUCCUCUGCAAAGUGUGCAUGACCGCUGAUGGCAUGAGCCAGUUCGCCUCCACCUUCUGUCUGACGCUGAUGAGCAUUGAUCGCUUCCUCGCUGUUGCAUAUCCCAUUCGCAGCGCUAAAUGGCGGAAGCCAUGGGUGGCCAAGAUUUUCAGUGCCCUGGCAUGGAUUAUUUCCUUCCUGAUGGUGUUGCCGGUCACCGUGUUCUCACAUGUGCAGGAGUACGACACUUGCAACAUAAGCUGGCCUUUUAUUCUGUACACAUCCAUCAUGGGUUUCUUUGGUCCUUUGAUUGUCAUCUCACUUUGCUAUCUACUUAUUAUUAUCAAGGUGAAGUCUGCAGGCGUGCGUGCAGGCCUGACUAAGCGGCGCAAGUCAGAGCGCAAGGUGACACGGAUGGUGGUGAUCAUAGUGGUGGUCUUUGUACUUUGUUGGCUGCCCUUUUUUACAAUCAACUUUAUCAACCUGUUUUAUGUCAUACCAGAGGACAAAAUUGCUGCAGUAGUCUACUUUUCGCUGGUAAUCCUUACCUAUGUAAACUCCUGUGCCAACCCAGUCCUCUACGGUUUCCUGUCGGACAAUUUCAAGCAGAGCUUUAAGAAAGUGUUUUGCUUCUACAAAAAGAAGAGUGGUAAAGCUACGGAACCAGUGGGGACCACAGAAUAUUGAUAAGAUCACAAGGACCCCUGACAUUGAACCUUUCGCCUUAAAACCUGCAGUAAAUGGCCAGUGAUUGGUCCCAUUUAGCUGACCCAGCUUGCACUGGUGGGCCACAAGGAACUCAGACAUUUUACCCAUGGGGCUUUAUACGUACAUGGAAUGUCCUGAUUUUAUUUCAGUUAGCCCCUUCUCUCACUUGGGCAUCUCUUGAGAGGCUCACUGGACUCACUGCUUUUUGUGUUUUCAUGUAUUUGGACACUGCAACAGACUGACUGUAAACAUUUAUUUUUUGAGAGACUUUUCGAAUUUUCAAAUGAUUUUAAUUACUUCAGACUUACUUUUUUUUUUUGUUUCUUUUAGUAUGGUCUUUUUUUUCAAGAAGUGAUAUUGCUCUUUUAAUUUGCUGUCUAUACCAUUCGUUGUGUCUGUAUUUUUUUAUAGUGACUGUUAUUUAGCACUGAGACAUCUGCAAAGGAUGUGUCAUGUUGAAUGGCUCACCGCUAGAGGACCAAAUCAGAGUGGCUUUGUUUAUUCACUGGCAGGAAUCAGUUGAUUGGUGGUACACUUGAUGUGGCUUUCAUGGCGAAGUGUCUGUUUGAGGCAACCAACUUAUUAUAAAAGCAAUCAAACAAUGCAAAAGACAUGUACAUUAUGCUAACUUUACCAUAUAACCCAUGAGAUCAUGGUUUUUAAAUAGGUUACCUUUAGUUAUCUUCAUAGUCCACAAGUCUAAGAAAUUGAAACAACUCAGUAAUAUAGUCCUGAACAUCUUUGGAAACCUAUAAAGCACAAUGUUUUCAAAAUGUAUAUAAAUGUAUAUACUGUAUAUAUUGUAUAUUUUGGGGGCUCCCAAAACCUUGAGGCCCUGCUCUAUGCCCUUGGUAAAGUCAGGCCCUAGCAAUGAGAUGUUUGGUAUUUAGCUCAUUUUGUCUACUAAGAUUUGAUUCAUUUAUUGGUUAUUACCCUUACCCCAAUCAGCCAUAACGUAAGGACCACUGACAGAUAAUCUAACACUGCUCAUCUUUAUACAACAUAACUAUCUGUUGAUUAAAUUUGCACCCUGCUUGCUUUCAUGUGGGGGUCCUCGCCACCUGUGUAGAUUUUUGUCGAGGAUUAAUCACAGCCCCCUAAAAGGCAGCAGCACUCAUCUGCACGAUGAGCCUCCCCUGCCAGCUGGGCAGCAACGCAUCCUGAAAGCAAGUCUCCUUGCUCCCCACAUUCUGAUUGGACUGGAUCUAAAGGCAUCUGUUGGAAGCAAACCCAGUCCCAGGAGACCCCCAACAAUCCAGUACCAGACAUAGCCUUCCGGUACCAGAUGUUGUUGGUCCACAUUCUAAUUAGUCAAAGCUUUAGUUUUAGGAGAAAACGAAGAACCUGUAGUUCAUAAUCUCAUAUAUAGCUGAUUGUUGCCAGCUGUUACUAUAUGUAUUACAUUGUCGAGUUCUCAGUCUGGAAUGUUUGCAGUAUUUUGGUUUGUAUUGCAACAGUAAGAGAGAAAACUAACCUCCUGGCUGCCAUUGAGAGGGCCUCAUUCUAGGGCUGUAUUUUGACUUGUUAAUUUUUUACACAUGUUUUUGUAAUGUGAAAAAUGUCUUGAAAUAGGACAGCCAAGUGUUUUUUCGCUCUUUGUCUUAUCUCCAUUUUCUGCAGUUAAAGUGAUGGAUGAUGUGGUGACGUAUACAACAAAAACAUCUCUUUUUCUUGUUUUUCUACUGAAACAGGCAUUUCUUCACAGGUGUAUCCUGAGCCCAUCAAAAUAUUAAGAACGCUUAUUAAGAACGAAUAUUAAGAUGUUUGAGCUUGUUUGAAAACCUAACCAAGUAAAUACACUGAUUAUAAGACAGGAGACAACACUCUUUAUUGUGUGAUAAUGUGGUUUCUGAAAUGAAAGGUCAUUCUGAACAUAGCUCAUAGAACAUAAAUCAUUAAAUGAGUAUGGUAUUAUGAAUAUUCUUACACCCUAAUUUUUGAAAAAAAUCUUUCAGUUCAAGGUUUUUACAAAAUUAGAAAAUAUAAAAAAUGCUCUGAUCUCUACUAGCUUCCGAAAUUGUUAGUCUAGUGACAAAUUACUAGUUAAUUGCUGAAGAUAAAACAUUGGAAUGAUCUAUUAAACAAAAUGAAGCCAAUAUGAAAAAGCAGUAGCUGAAAAACUGUUCACCCCAGCAUGCAGUUCCUUCAGUUACUCGAGGUAGACCCUUUCUUUACACAUUUUUCCACUCGUUUCUUGAAACAACAUGACUUCCGUCUUAGUUUGACUUAAAUUUGGUGAAGUUUUACCUACCUGAAAAAUUGCCUUAUAUUUGAUAGUUUGGUAUACAAGAAACUCAACUCAAUAACUUUAAGGUGCAAAACAACUCCAAAUCAUCCUUCCACCACUAUCCAUGACUGUUUGAUAUUGACAGAUAUUUCCACUUUAGGGUCAUCUAUCUAAAGGUCAAUGUCCAAGGUCAAAUCUGUUCAAAGGUACAGACGUUUUUAGGUGCAUUCAGAGGAAGCUUUGCAAAUCUAAUUUGUGCUUUCCUGUUCUUUAUGGAGAGAGGGGGCUUUCUCCUGGUAACCCUUUUAAACAAGCCUUACAUAUUUGAUCUGUUUUAUAUAUCAUGUCAGGCACUUUGGUUUCAUUUUUUCUGAAUCUCUAAUAACAGUGUAGAAUCUGUUUUUGUUUUUUGUACAGCUAAUGAAAGAAGGUGUACUUUCUUUUUAUCAAUGAAUAUCUGCCUUUACUCCAAUGUAUCACUGCUGACACGUGCCAGGAUAAAGCAAAGCUUAUACAUGUAUCUUAUGAA